GAGUUCUGCACAAACUCGAAUCCGCCCCCUGAGUCAUUCGACUUUACACUUGACCUGUCUUGGUCCAUUUUGCCACUUCGUCACCGCGAUCACGGUUGUUUCGACGACGUCAAGCUGGACGACUGCGGACACCGCCCCGCGUUCACCAUCUCGCGUGUCCAACUCGUCGCCCGAUUCGCAGAACGGAAUUCUUCUGAAUCGGCCGCCCUCGGGCUCGACUGCUUUUGUCAGUCACGAGAUUAUGGAAGUUUACGAAGCGAAAGCUGUCAAAUAUUUUCUGUUUGCUUUCGCGACUCGAUUUUGUGUUUUCAGUUUUCAGCCGUCAAAGGAAUUGCGAAUGCCGACAGCGCUGUCUAGCGGCAUUGUCGGAAAACGUCUUCUCAUUCUGGUUCGCCAAGAAGUGGCGGGAGGAGGCGGGAGAGAAAUUUUGCUACGCGAAUUAUAAAUAUAAAUAUUUUAAUCAUUUUAAUAUCCUUCGACUCUUUAUUUCGUAAAAUGCUCUAGCAUUGAGUUUAAAUUUUUCUUCUUUAAUUUAAUUUCUUUAAAAGAAGAGCUUAUAUUUUAUUUUAAAAAUAUAUUUUACUUCAUUACACUACCAAUGAAUUGUUAAUUGAAAACAGAUUGAAGUCCGCAGCAAUCAUAUUAGUCAUAUUUAAUUAAUACUGAAAUUCAGUGACCUCUCUUAUUGCUAGAGACUUACACUAUAAGAGUUUAACGUUCAAGAGGAAAAUAAGAGGCAUAAUAUUUUACUCAUUCGUAUUUGAUUUAAUUUUUAUCUCUCUUACAGUUUUCUCCUCCCUAUCUGAAUGAGCACCGAAAAAUGGCAGGCAUGAAGCAGUUUAAGAUUCUUGUCACUCACCCAGAGAUUCCUUCCGUUGCUAUAAGAAAACUUGAAGAAAGAUGUGAGUUGGUUAUCUGUCCUGAAGUGCCGUAUCCCUCACGAGAGCAAAUUCUGAGCAAAAUCUCAACCGAUUUUGAUGGAAUUCUAUGGCUGUCCAAGCACAGAAUGGAUAAAGAAGUUUUGGAUCUGGCUGGACCAAAGCUGAAGGUUGUUGCCACAGUGGCUGUCGGUUACGACAACAUUGAAGUGGUAGAGGCCAAGAAAAGGGGCAUCAAAGUGGGAAACACGCCUGGUGUCCUUGAUGCUGCUGUGGCAGAAAUCGCCGUCUGUUUGCUCCUCGAAGUCGCCAGGAGAGUUCCCGAGGGCCGAAAUUGCAUUUUAGAGGGUAAAUGGGAGGCAGUGCGUCCGCAAUGGCUUUUGGGCAAAGAUUUGCAAGGUUCCACUGUUGGAAUUGUCGGACUUGGAAAUAUUGGCCAGGCAAUUGCCAAACGACUCCUUCCUUUUGGCAUUGAAAAGCUCAUCUACAGUGGCCAUAAGAGGAAGCCGGAAGGUGAUAAGCUUGGUGGAAUUUUUGUCAUCUUCGAUGAAUUGCUCAAGCAGAGUGAUUUCAUUGUUGUUGCCUGUCCUUUGACGGAAGAAACCAGGCACUUGUUCAACGCAAAGGCCUUUGCUGAAAUGAAACCGAGUGCCAUUCUUGUCAACAUAGCCAGAGGAGAUGUCAUUGAUCAAGAGGCUCUGAUUUCUGCACUCCAAACUGGAAAAAUUUGGGGAGCAGCUUUGGACGUGAUGACCCCUGAGCCACUGCCCUCGGAUCAUCCUCUGACCAAGUUGAAGAAUUGUGUUCUUGCUCCGCACCUCGGAAGUGCCACUGAGAAAACACGCGCUGCAAUGGCCAUGCUGGCUGUAGACAACAUUCUUGCCGCCCUCGAUGGUUCAGAAAUGCCUGCCCCUCUUUAAUUAAAGCUUGAAUUGCUUGCUUCUUAUAAAAAUUCAUAAUAAUUUUCAAAUUAAAUUCUGAGUGCAUUCAAUGGUAUUGAAACUGUUGUUAAUUGCGGUUAAUUGUAUUACCUUUACAUCACUAUAUAUAAAUAUUUAUGUGCAGCAAAAUUUGCCAUGAAUAUAUCAUACAUCUGAAUAAAUUUCAGAA